CGACCGUUAUCAAAACACUGUUGCUUUGUCGUGAUUUCAACGCUGACAAAACGUUACUAAGCACGCUUAUGCUUGAUAAUUAUGGCGUUUUCAAAAGUAAAAUGGAUAGAACCACAUGCAAAUGGAUCUAGUAAAAUCCAGUAUGGGACGGUGCCAACAAACUGGAUUGAAGAAGAAGAAGGGCAAGAGUUUAUUCGUUGGCCUUGCAAUGCUAAAGAUGUAGAGCCGUACAUAAAGCGUUGCCAAAAUCCUUGCAUUAAUUGGUUGUUUUUUGUUUUAGUUCAACAUUUUGGGAGUGCAGACAGUUACAUAAAUUGUGAAUCAAUUAAAACAUGCUCAGAAUCUGAAUCUGACCACAAUUCGCAAUUGGGGAAAAGGAAAUACAACCAAAUAGAUUCAUUUGCCUAUCAAAAGCAAUCAGAAAAAAGAUUAGCUAAUGCAAGAAAAUCGAAAACAAAGAAAUUGAGUUAUAUAGAAACAAGUGACGAUGAAGUCAGUUUUUCCAGUACGCCAUUUCCAAAAUUAGACGAUGAUGGUUCUUCUUGUGUAUACUCAUACAACAAUUCAGCAACAAUUAGUUCCAGUGAAGGGUUAACUUGUGAAAAAAUAGUUAAUAAAGUAAUUGGUAAAAGUGCUGGGGAAACAGAUAAAGACUUUCUGAUCAGACUUGUGUAAAUUAACAUAGUUGGAAUUAUAUUUAUCUUAAUUUCUGCAAAGCUUUUAAACGAACAAUGUUAGCAGCAAUAGCACGUCUAGAAAAAAACUUUAAUGACUUUAAAGCCUCAUUUAAGCAGAAUGAUUUAAAAACUUUAGUCAAACCGUUACAUCUAUCAAAACUGCAAUUUGACGAAAUCUUGGAUCUGGAAGUUUUUCUUUCAGCUGAUAGUAAAAGAAAGGAUUCUGCAGUAGAAUCAUUAUGUAAUGUGGGUGGAAAAUCUACAAUAGAUAUUACAUACAAUGUUAUGAAAAAAGUGAUGAGUGACGAGGCUUCUAGCCACUUUAAUAUAAAAGGCAGUUCUCAGAAAAUCUCAUUUUGUGAAAAGUGCCCAAUAUUAUUUUCUGCUAUAAUUAAUGCCAUCAAAUUACAGGACGAAUCAGCGAAAGAUAGCGAUAUAACAACCGCAAUAGGAAAGUGGCUACGUAUGCAUGGCACACUGUUUAAACGUCAAAUGACAGAAUAACAACAAAAUAACAUCGUUUUGAUUGAAAAAAAUUUGAAAAUGCAGAAAAUAUUUUGCUUGUUAA